ACUAUCCCUAGCUACAAACAGCAAUGAAGUUUCUCUCACUAGAAUCUCUUGCUGCUUCUUCAUUACUUAGAGUUUUUUGCAAUGUAGUCAUUUUCAUACUCUGCCAAUACAAUGGUGCUGCCAAGGGGUCACUUCCCUUUAAUGAAACGGUCCCUGCGGUGUUCGUUUUCGGGGAUUCGAUCGUAGAUCCCGGGAACAACAACAACAACAUCAAAACCGUGGUGAAAUGCAACUUCCCACCUUAUGGGAAGGACUUCCCUGGAGGAAAUUCUACUGGAAGGUUCAGCAAUGGAAGAGUUCCCUCAGACAUUAUAGCUGAAAUAUUUAAUGUCAAGAAUAUAGUGCCUGCCUACCUAGACCCGAAUCUGCAGCUAAAAGACCUUCUUACCGGAGUGAGUUUUGCCUCAGGAGGAGGAGGGUAUGAUCCCCUAACAGCUGAAUUUGUGUCUGUUUUAUCGUUGUCGGAUCAACUAGAGAUGUUCAGAGAAUACAAGAGCAAGUUAAAGGCAGCAGUUGGGGAGAAGAGACUAGAGAUGACGAUAUCCAAGAGCAUAUUCAUAGUGUGCUCAGGAACAAACGACAUUGCAAAUACUUAUUUUUUAGGUCCAUUUAGGAGACCCCAUUAUGACAUUCAAGCUUAUACUGAUCUCAUGGCUAACUCAGCCUCAAGUUUCUUACAGGGUCUUUAUGGAGAAGGAGCAAGGAGAAUAGGAGUAGUAAGUCUGCCUCCAAUUGGGUGUGUCCCAGCUGAGAGAACACUGAGUGGAGACAUUUUCAGACAUUGUUCAGAGCCUCCCAACCAAGCAGCAUCACUCUUCAACUCCAAGCUCUCUUCUCUAAUGGAUUCCCUCAAUGUUGAACUCCCACAAGCAAGGCUUGUCUACCUUGACAUCUAUAACCCUUUGAUUUCCAUUAUCCAAAACCCUCCUCAAUAUGGAUUUGAAGUGGCGACUAAGGGAUGCUGUGGGACGGGGAAUAUAGAAGUCAGCAUUUUGUGUAAUCGUUAUACGACAACCACUUGUAGUAAUGCUUCCAAGUACAUUUUCUGGGACAGUUAUCAUCCUUCUCAAAAAGGAUACGAAGUACUCACACAUCUUGUCCUCCACAACAAGAUAGACAGAUUCUUCUAAUUCUAAUACCUCACCUCAUAUAAUUGUGAGGUCUCUUUUGUAAUUUGCACUUGUUAUUAUUAUUAUUAUUAUUAUUUAUAUA